AUGAAUUUGGUUUCCGAGUUGAUAAGGAAGAGGCUCAAGUGGCAGGCUCAUCUGGAAUUCACACACAACCAUGAUGUGGGCGACCUCACCUGGGACAAAAUUGAGGUCACCCUACCGCAUUCAGACAAGCUGCGCUCCCUGGUGCUAGCUGGCAUCCCGCACAGCAUGAGGCCACAGCUGUGGAUGCGCCUGUCAGGGGCCUUGCAGAAGAAGAGGAAUUCAGAGAUGUCAUAUCGGGAUAUCGUGAAAAACAGCUCUAAUGAUGAAACCAUUGCUGCCAAACAGAUUGAAAAGGACUUGCUCCGCACGAUGCCCAGCAAUGCCUGCUUCUCCAACAUGAACAGUAUCGGGGUGCCACGGCUACGCAGGAUACUACGGGGACUUGCCUGGCUCUACCCAGAGAUUGGAUAUUGCCAAGGCACUGGCAUGGUGGCUGCCUCUUUGCUGCUCUUCUUGGAGGAGGAAGAUGCCUUCUGGAUGAUGUGCGCUAUCAUUGAGGAACUGGUUCCUGCCUCCUACUUCAGCACCACCCUGAUGGGCGUGCAGACUGACCAGCGUGUCCUGCGACAGCUCAUCGUGCAGUACUUGCCCCGCCUGGACAAGCUGCUCCAGGAGCAUGACAUUGAGCUCUCCUUGAUCACCUUGCACUGGUUCCUCACCUCUUUCGCUAGUGUUGUCCACAUCAAGCUGCUGCUACGUAUUUGGGACCUCUUCUUCUACCAGGGCUCUCUGGUGCUGUUUCAGCUCACUUUGGGCAUGCUCAGUAUGAAGGAGGAUGAGCUAAUCCAGUCCGAGAACUCUGCCUCAAUCUUCAACACGCUCUCAGACAUCCCAAGUCAGAUUAAAGACGCAGAUGUGCUGCUGCGGGAAGCCAUGCGUGUGGCGGGCUCGCUGACAGAUGUGGCGGUGGAGACCCAGCGUCGCAAACACCUGGCCUACCUCAUUGCUGACCAGGGGCAGCUGCUCAACUCCAGCACCACUGUCAACAGUUUAUCCAAAAUUGUGCGGCGCAGGACUCAGCGCAGGAAAUCUGGCAUCACCUCUCUGCUUUUUGGGGAUGAAGAUCUGGAGGCACUGAAAGCCAAGAACAUCAAGCAGACAGAGCUGGUGGCUGACCUGCGUGAGGCCAUUCUUCAGGUGGCACGGCACUUCCAGUGUGUGGAUCCCAAGAACUGCAGCAUUGAUCUGACUCCAGACUACAGCAUGGAGAGCCACCAGCGGGACCACGAGAACUAUGUGGCCUGUUCCCGCAACCGACGACGACGAGCCAAGGCACUGCUGGACUUUGAGCGCCACGAUGACGAUGAGCUGGGCUUCCGCAAGAAUGACAUCAUUACGAUCAUUUCCCAGAAGGAUGAGCACUGUUGGGUGGGAGAGCUGAAUGGACUGAGAGGUUGGUUUCCUGCAAAAUUUGUGGAGAUCUUGGAUGAGCGGAGCAAAGAGUCUAUAUUUGAGCAUGGAUUGAAGAAGCCAUCUCUGCUAGGGGGGCCCUGCCAUCCCUGGCUGUUCAUUGAAGAGGCUGCAAGCCGGGAAGUGGAACGGGACUUUGACUCUGUGUAUUCUCGUCUUGUGCUCUGCAAGACUUACAGGCUUGAUGAAGACGGCAAAGUCCUCACUCCAGAGGAGCUGCUUUACCGGGCAGUUCAGGGAGUGAACAUGACACACGAUGCUGCACAUGCACAGAUGGACGUGAAGCUUCGUUCCCUCAUCUGCGUUGGACUCAAUGAGCAGGUGCUGCAUUUGUGGCUGGAGGUGCUGUGCUCAAGCCUGCAGACCGUGGAGAAGUGGUUCCAUCCCUGGUCAUUCCUGCGCAGUCCCGGCUGGGUGCAGAUCAAAUGUGAGCUGAGAGUCCUCUGCAAAUUUGCCUUCAGCCUCUCUCAGGACUGGGAGCUGCCAAUAAAGAGGGAGGUGAGGCAGCCGCUGAAGGAAGGGGUGCAGGACAUGCUUGUGAAACACCAUCUCUUCAGCUGGGACAUAGAUGGGUGA